GAAAGGGCAAUUUUACGAGGUGGAAACUAACUGGUCGAGUGAUGUUAGAACCGGAAAAAUUGGCGGAGAGUUGAAAGAAGUUAUUUGGGUUAAAGAGGAAAAUCCCCUCAUCAAGUUAAGUAUUCAUUCUAACAUUAAUCCUUCUCACCAUCCUAAUAAAGGAAGUGGUAUGAGUAGUAGAAAAAUUGCUUUGCUAAUAGUUGUGGGAAAAAACUGCUAUGUUUUGGAAAAAAAUGAGGAUAUAAUUAUUGUCGAUUGUGGAAUUAAAUUCCUUAAUGGAAGCAAUCUAGCCGAUGGCACUGUUCCUAAUUUUUCUUAUCUCCUAGCCAACCAAAAAAGAAUAAAAGGGUUAUUUAUCAGCCACGGCCACGAGGACCAUAUUGGUGGCAUACCUUAUUUAUUACAAUUAAUUCCAAAUAUUCCCAUUUAUG